AUGACUGCAGUUUUGGAUCCCUUGGAGCCUUUCUCUGCUGAGCUACAUGUCAUCAGGCGGCUGAACUCCAGUUUGUACCGGACUGGUGGUAGAAAUGGACUGGAACCUGGAUGUGAAAACUCUCCUUUGGCUAGAUUUCACCCCCCUGCUGAGUGUGUCACCCUGGCUCCAUCACGAAGCGACGUCCCCCUGCUGGAUCAUUGCUUUGGUCAGCUGAGCGCUGGAGCGGAGGUGGACCUGGGGGUCAAAGGUCAACAGAAAUUCAUAAUUUUCCAUCAUGUGGCCUCUGCUCUGUGGACAGAGUGGAACAGGCAGCAGCUUCGAUUGAGGAAUGACGCCAAGAAACCUAUAGCAUUCUGCAGUCGAUGUCCCAGGUCAGGUCAGAUCCCUCUGUACACUGGUACGAUUGGCUCUGAAAACAUGGAUAACAUUGACAACAUGGAUGAAGACUUUCACCCACUGAGCCUGAGGAGGAGCAUCUUGCCCCCAUACACAGCUACAGCACGACGAACCACCAUCCCUGGUUAUACGGGCAAGGCGGCCUACGCGAACUCCGGUGCUGAUGCUGCAGUAUCUGUCCCAGCCAUCUCCAGUCCUGCUUGCUCCUCUGGGUGA